CAUUCAGUCAGUGUUCAUCUCUCGAGCGACGCGGACGAUUGUUGUUGUGUUUGCAUUGUGUAAUCAUCCUUCCCUAAGUUAGUAGGGAUAGGGAGAUCCCGUUUCGGGAACACUAUUGUUGUGUAUUCAAUUGCCAUUGGAAUUGAUACGAUUGUUUGUUGAACUGAAAAAUCGUUUGGCGCUAUCGUGGGAAUAUAUCCCGUGGGAGUUGUGUAAAGCCUCGUCCUUGCGAGGUGACCUAAUUCGGGACCGGACUCUUAUCGAUGCAGUAAACGAAAAUGGAGUCCAUCGUGGCCCCGCCCCAUCAACAUCAUCGGAGCGUGCCGGAGACGUACGCCGGACGGACAUUGUUCAUAACCGGUGCAACAGGUUUCAUGGGUAAAGUCCUUGUGGAAAAGUUGCUCCGUGAUUGUGGCGAUCUUAAGUGUAUCUACGUGUUAAUCCGCACGAAGAAGGGCGUUGAUGCAGUGCAGCGACGGGAUGACUACCUCAAGCACAUGAUAUUUGACCGUGUUCGCCAAACGAACCGCGAUCAGCUGGACAAAAUCAAGCUCAUACGGGGUGAUAUUUUGGGCGAAGGGUUGAACAUAAGCGACACCGAUCGGACGGAACUGAUCGAGCUGGUCGAUGUUGUGUUCCAUUGUGCGGCGAAUGUGCGCUUUGACCAGGAGCUGAAGCAUGCGGUAAAUUUCAACACAAAAGGUGCAAUGAGGGUGCUGAAGAUGGCGGAACAAAUGAAACGACUGAAGGCUUUUGUGCACGUGUCCACUGCCUACUGCCAGUGUAAUGAAGAAGUCGUGGAAGAGCGAGGAUAUUCGGCCCCACACAACCCACUGGGUAUCUCCAAGCUGACAGAGCUGGUAAGCAGCGAUGUCCUGCAGAUGGUUACACCAAACUUACUCAGCAAUCUACCAAACACGUACGCUUACUCCAAAGCCCUUACCGAAGAUCUCGUGUGCAGUUAUGGAGACCGGCUACCGAUCGCCAUUGCUCGACCUACCAUCGUAGUAGCGUCGUGGAAGGAACCUACACCGGGAUGGAUAGAGGGUACCAAUGGCCCGACUGGGCUGAUGAUCGGUGCCGGUCGUGGAGUUAUUCGCAGUAUGCACUGCAAUCCGGAUUACGAGACAGACCUAAUGCCAGUGGAUGUCACCAUGAAUGCAAUCAUCGUGCUGGGAGCGGAACGAAUUAACAACACAAUCGACCGAGAUGUUAUGUUUUGCAAUGUGUCAGGAGCCAAUAUGAACCCAGUGACUUGGGGCGAAGCAUUGGAGACUGGCCGAAAGAAACUGUACGAAAAUCCACUAUGUUUUGCCUUGUGGUACCCCGAUGGUUCAAUCAAAUCGAACUACUAUUAUCACAUGCUGUGUGUGAUUUUAUUCCACUACCUGCCUGCGUAUAUAAUCGAUUUCUUGAUGGUUGUGUUGCGACGGAAGCCUUUUAUGGUCAAAGUUCAGAAGAAAAUAACCCAGGGACUAGAAAUUCUGCAGUACUAUACCACCAAGGUUUGGGUUUUCAAAAACGACAAUAUGCUGGCAAUGUACAGUCGUCUCUCGGAACAGGAUCGUGAGAAGUUUUAUUUCGAUAUGUCCCACGUGCAUUGGCCCACGUAUUUUCUGAAUUAUAUCCUAGGUGUGCGGCAGUUCGUGCUAAAAGAACCGCCGGAGACAUUGCCAAAAGCCCGUAGACUACUGCGAAAAUUGUACAUUCUGGACAAAGUAACUCAGAUAAUGUUCUAUAUGCUGUUGCUUUGGCUAGUGUGGUCCUACUGGAGCCUUGUGCUCGGGUCAAUUCAGUUUGUGUUUGAUACAGGCAUCGAAUACGCUCGAAAUGUGAUGUUCCCGAAAAGAAACGGUGCUGCAGGUCGUGUGUAGAUGUUCUAGCAAAUUAGUACCCGCAAUAUCGUUAGUUCUUAUUUCAUACUCACGCUUCCUGCAACGUUGUAUAGUAACGCAAACGAAUAUUGUAUAAAAUGCACGGAUUUCACCAAUUGUAAAUUUUUAAAUGAAAUAUACUGCCCAUGCAUGCAAAUCAGUCUGUAAAGAAAGCAUUA